AUGGCGUUGAGACCCAUUGAUAAUGCGCUUCCAACAACUACACCAGAGAGACCCAAAAAGCAGGUGAAAAUCUCAGUUCCAAUCCAAAAACAGCCUGAUUUUGGAGUAAAUGAUGAAAACAAGGCUCCAAUGCCACCAUCUUCAGAUGCAGCUAUUGAUUACAUCUCUUCUGAGAAUCUCGAAGCCAUAACUGAUCCAGAGUCCAAAUUACAAGGCCUAAUUGAAGGACUAGAUUCAAAGGAUUGGACAAAGGUUUGCGAGUCGCUUAAUAAUGCAAGGCGGUUUGCGUUAUAUCACUCCUCUCUCUUGGUCCCUAUCUUGGAGAAAGUGAUGGUGGUUGUGGUAAAGGCUAUGAAGAACCCAAGAAGUGCUUUGUGUAAGACUUCUAUCAUGGCUGCUUCUGAUAUUUUCAACGCCUUCGGGGAUAAAUUACUCGACGAAACCAAUUCUGCUGCAUUUGAUAACAUGCUACUUCAGCUACUGCUUAAAGCUUCUCAAGAUAAGAAGUUUGUUUGUGAAGAAGCAGACAGGACGCUGAACGCAAUGGUGGGGUUCAUUACUCCUCUGCCUCUUCUUCAUAAGCUCAAGGCAUCUGUUAGCCACAACAACCUUAGAAUCAGGGCAAAAGCCGCCAUGUCAAUUUCUAAUUGUGUCUCCAAGAUGGGGCUAGAAGAAAUGAAAGAGUUUGGGUUGGUUUCACUGGUUCAAAUGUCAGCCGAAUUGUUGAAGGACAGACUGCCUGAUGCGAGAGAAGCAGCAAGAAGUACUGUAAUUUCCAUGUACAAUGCAUUUACUGAAAAUGAAGAGCAGAAGCAGGAAGCAUGGCAAUGCUUUUGCCAAUCUAGUUUGCCACCCAUUGAUGCUCAGUCCGUGCUCAAAAUUACCGCUUCACAAUAGAGUAAGGUUGUUGGUGGGCAGCUGCAGGAGUUCAGAAGUUUGUGUAAAUCUUUCUGUCUCCAUCAUCAUUGUGGUUAGGAGACGAUAUUAAUAUGUUGUCAAUUUUCUACUUUUCUCGAUACUUUUCGAGAAAAUGGAGGAAAAUUCUAAAAUAAAUUAUUAGAUUUUUGAAUGCUAAAUCUAGUUUGCCACUCAGUCCAUGCUCAAAAUUACCGCUUCACAAUAGAGUACGGUUGGUGGUGGGCAGCUGCAGGAGUUCAGAAGUUUGUAUGAAUCUUUCUGUCUCUAUUAUCAUUGUGGAUAGGAGACUAUAUUAAUAUGUUGUUGUCAAUUUUCUACUUGUCUCGAUCCUUUUCGAGAAAAUGGUAAAAAAAACUGUUAGAUUCUUGAAUGUUUAAUUUUGUAAGUUGCUUCAAUAAUAUCGAUUAGUGGGAGGA